GCCACGAAGUUUCUGAUUUACAGAGCCGUCCGAUAGCGCGGUAAGGUUGCAUUGUGAUGGCUGCUCCACCUGCUUGUCAGUCGAGCCUCACCUCGCGUGAGGGGCGGCAUCAUGAUCUCGUGUGCAUCAACAUGGAAAUCUAGAAGAGUCACCGAACACCGGUGACAAAUAUCCGGGUGGCAAUCUGGCAAGAUAAAUACAUUAAGUCUCACUUGACUGCGCUAGAUAUUACUCUCUUCAGAUCAAUUGUAUCAGGUUUCUUUCUCUAACUUGCUCAAGAUGAAGUUCUUGAAUAUUCUACUCUUGUCUUCCGUUGCUACUGCAGCGAUCCUCCCAGCACCAAUAAAUGCACGUGACGGUCUGGUAAAACGCCAAACAACUUCUGCCACCAGCAAGGCAAGCACAUCUUCAAAGGCGUCAUCCACAAGAUCGUCAACUUCAAAUUCAUCAUCGGUCGGCUCGUCAUCUUCCAAGGCUUCAACGACUACCUCGGGGUCCUCCGCCUCUGUCGGUUCCACGGCGACCCUAAGCUCAAGUUCCUCCUCUGCUCUCUCUAGUUUGGUUGCCGAUCCUGCUUGUACAAACUCACCCUUCACUAGAGCUUGUUGGGGAAAUGGUUUCAGUAUUGCAACAGAUUUUGACACCAAGAAUCCUAAUACUGGGGUUACCCGGAAAUAUAAUUGGGAAGUGACCAAUUCGACUUGCGCUCCAGAUGGAAUCACCCGUCAAAACUGCAUCUUGAUCAAUGGCCAUUUCCCUGGACCAACCCUAUAUGCUGAUGUAAGGCUCUCGCGAUUUCUCCCGUAAUGUGUACGAUUUUCUGACAUACUUUUAGUGGGGUGAUAUGAUCCAAGUUACCUUGAAAAAUUCUAUGCCGGACAAUGGUACUGGUAUCCACUGGCACGGUAUUCGUCAAUACCACACAUGCACCGAAGAUGGUGUACCAGGAAUCACCGAAUGUCCUCUCGCUCCCGGCGACACCAAGACAUACACCUUCCAAGCAACCCAGUUCGGCACGAGCUGGUAUCACAGUCAUUUCUCUUCUCAAUAUGGCGAUGGGUUGAUCGGUCCUAUUGUGAUUAAUGGACCGGCUCCUGUUAACUAUGAUGUUGACCUUGGAGCGUACAUGAUCCAAGAUUGGUAUUAUACACCGGUCUUUGCACUCGGCGAAAGAGUAGCGCAUUCACAAGCUGGACCACCACCAGGGGACAAUGGACUUAUCAAUGGUAGUAUGGUGGCACCUGCCGGUCAAACUGGUGGAAAGUAUACCACAAACACGAUCACUUCAGGUAAAAAAUACCGUCUCCGUCUCAUCAAUACUUCAGUCGACAAUCAUUUCAUGGUAUCAUUGGACAAUCAUGCAUUCACCGUAAUUACAUCCGAUUUCGUUCCAAUUGAACCAUACACCACGAACUGGAUCUUCAUCGGAAUUGGUCAAAGAUACGAUGUUGUAUUCCAUGCCAACCAGACAGUUGGAAGCUAUUGGUUCCGAGCUGAAGUUCAAAAUGGUUGCGGAAUAAACAAUAACAAUGGAAACAUCAAGAGCAUUUUCACUUAUUCAGGAGCUGCAAGCACCACUCCAUCAUCAACCGCCACACCCUAUACUCAGAGAUGUACCGACGAAACAGGAAUCAUUCCUUUCUGGGAUAGUUUUGUGCCUAGCGGACCCCUGAGUGGUAAUAUCGACACACUCAACGUGGCCAUAGACAUUGGCGUUACCACCAGCGGACCAAUCGUCACAUGGGGUAUUAACCUCACAGCACUUAAUGUCGACUGGAAGAAACCCAUUCUCCAAUAUGUCCUCGAUGGCAACAACUCCUGGCCUGCUUCCGAGAAUCUCAUUUCUUUGAACAAUGCUAAUCAAUGGUAUUAUUGGAUUAUUCAAGAAGUACCCGGAUCAGUUGCCGGACAACCAGUUUCCAUUAACGUUCCUCAUCCAAUGCAUUUACACGGUCAUGAUUUCUAUAUUCUCGGCACGGGAGUUGGAACUUACAACAACUCAGUCGAUGGACCAAAGCUUGAUUACGACAACCCAACCAGAAGAGAUGUUGCCAUGCUGCCCGCUGGAGGGUGGCUUGUUCUAGCAUUCCAAACUGAUAACCCUGGCGCUUGGUUGAUGCAUUGUCAUAUUGUAAGUCUUCCCCAAUCUUUCCCUAUCCAUAAAUCUUUUGCAAACCAUCCUAACAUACGAACUAGGCAUGGCACGUAAGCGAAGGUCUUGCUGUUCAAUUCCUCGAAUCUCAAAACCAAAUCAAUGCUGUAAACCCCAUCUCGCCAGCCUUGACCAAUACCUGCAAUAAAUGGAAUGCGUGGUAUCCAUCCCAGGCACCAUAUUUCAAGACUGAUUCUGGUGUCUAAUCUCAAACCUACACGAGCGUACUUGUUUGGCGGGGGAGGUUCUUUGAACUCUUUGGCUUUUCAUUUUAUUUUCAAUUCUGAUGGUCUUUUCUCACAAUAACUUGUAGUUAUUACAUAAGUAACAAAUAUAGAAAAACGGGUGUUUGUUUUCCUCUUUUCGUUAAAGAGCAUCACGUAUUUUUUGCAAGUUCUCUAGAUUUUCUGGGUCGGAUUU